AUGACUUCAACUAAUACUGAGAACGAAGAUUGGAAAGCCCAAUUAAAUAUCCCACAGAGAGAUACUAGACCUCAAACUGAGGAUGUUCUUGGUACGAAAGGUAACACUUUUGAAGACUUCGGUCUAAAGAGAGAACUUUUGAUGGGUAUCUUUGAAGCGGGGUUUGAAAAACCUUCCCCAAUUCAAGAAGAAUCUAUCCCUGUGGCAAUUACCGGUAGAGAUAUCUUAGCAAGAGCUAAAAAUGGUACAGGUAAGACUGCAGCUUUCGUGAUCCCAACUUUAGAACAAAUUAAACCAAAGAUUAAUAAAAUCCAAGCAUUGAUCAUGGUUCCAACAAGAGAAUUGGCUUUACAAACUUCUCAAGUCGUAAGAACUUUGGGGAAACAUUGUAAUAUAUCAUGUAUGGUCACUACAGGUGGUACCAAUCUAAGAGAUGAUAUCUUAAGAUUAAAUGACGCAGUCCAUGUUCUUGUUGGUACUCCAGGGAGAAUAUUGGAUUUGGCCUCUAGAAAGAUUGCAGAUUUAUCUAAUUGUUCUUUGUUUGUUAUGGAUGAAGCCGAUAAAAUGCUUUCUCGUGAUUUCAAAACAAUUAUUGAACAAAUCUUAAUCUUUUUACCAAAAAAUCAUCAAUCUUUAUUAUUUUCUGCAACUUUCCCUCUGUCAGUUAAAGAAUUUAUGGUUAAACAUUUAAAUAAACCAUAUGAAAUCAAUUUAAUGGAAGAAUUGACCUUAAAAGGUAUUACUCAAUACUAUGCAUUUGUUGAAGAAAGACAGAAACUACAUUGUUUAAAUACAUUGUUUUCAAAGUUACAAAUCAAUCAAGCUAUUAUCUUUUGUAACUCAACUAAUAGAGUUGAAUUACUAGCUAAAAAAAUUACUGAUUUAGGCUACUCAUGUUAUUACUCACAUGCAAGAAUGAAACAACAAGAAAGAAAUAAAGUUUUCCACGAAUUCCGUCAAGGUAAAGUUAGAACUUUGGUAUGUUCAGAUUUAUUGACUAGAGGUAUUGACAUUCAAGCUGUUAAUGUUGUCAUUAAUUUCGACUUCCCAAAGACAGCAGAAACUUAUUUACAUAGAAUCGGUAGAUCCGGUAGAUUUGGCCAUCUAGGUUUAGCCAUCAACUUAAUUAAUUGGAAUGAUAGAUUCAAUUUAUACAAGAUUGAACAAGAACUAGGAACUGAAAUUGCUGCAAUCCCAGCCACUAUUGACAAAUCCUUGUAUGUGGCAGAAAAUAGCGACAAUGUCCCAAUCCCUGUACCAAUAGAGCAACAAAGCUUCCACAACAACAAUAAUGCUAAUAACAAUAUAGUUAUUCCACCUCAGCAACAACAUUUUGCACAAUUUAACAACGGCCAAUUACCACCACAACAUUAUCCACAGCAACAGCAACAGCAACAGCAACAACAACAGGGUAUACCUCCACAACAAUUCCAACCACAAUUCCAUGCACAACAGUAUCAACCUCAAAUGCAAAUGCAAAUGCAGAAUCAAGGUAAUUAUCCUCCAGAAGCAGGUCAUCAAUAUUAA